AUGGCUUUGAAAUUCACCUCCUUUCCCUUUACAAUAUUCAUAAUUCUAGUAAUUGCUUCUACUUUCUUCCAUAUUUCCUCAGCAAAAGGUGGAUUGAAACGUGAAUUCUUUAUUGGUCUGACAAUAAAGGAUCCUAAAGUGGUGGAAAUUGCAAAUUUUGCUAUAAACGAGUUCAACAAAAAAGCAGGACAUAACUAUAUACUUAAACAAGUGGAUGGAGUAGAAACUGUUACUUUUACUAGUGGUACGAAUUAUGAGUUAUUUAUCACUGUUAAUGAAUGGGAUACAAUCUCUGGCGGCCAUGUUGCGGUUGUUUUCGUUGGUUCCAACAAUUUCAAGAAACUUAUUUCCUUUGAUGGAAAGUUCUCUUCUAUUAAAAAUUAA